CGUCACAUACGUCUGACGCCACAGCCGGUCAUAUCCACCAAAUCAAGCACAUCAGCGUGGUACACACCGGACGUGACGUCACCGAUGUCGUACGAACAAACAUCGUUAGUAGAAUAUUGGCAUCCGUCGCUGGGGAACCGCAUCGACCCACCUCCAAAAGUGCGGCGUCCAUGACGCAACGUCUGCAGCAGCCGUCAGCCAAACGAAGCGUCGAGUUUGAGGAGGUCGCACUAAAAACGUUCGCUAAUCAAACGUCUGAGGCGGCGUCAGGUUUUGAACCCGGCGCCUCAACGUCUAAUUCCACCCGCGCAUCGCAGAGAAAAACUAAACUGGGAAUUCCCGAUUUGUCUGCAAUAAACAAGGCCCGCCAUCUUGAUCAGACAAGGGGAGACAAUUCAUUAAGAGAAACCCGUAAGGGAGGGAAGAAAGUGACUGUACUAGAAAUUGGUGGGGGGUCGGGUCAAACAGGGGCUGGCAACUCUAGCAGCAAGGGGCCGUCAGACGAAUCUUCGGGAAAAGCCGCGCGGCGAGUGAAGAUUGAUUCCCUGUCUGGGAGGAAUAAAGCUGCGCCAUCUGUCGAUUCUAAAGAGAACUUAACUGCAGACAUUCCUCAAGAGAACUUAACUGCAGACAUUCCUCAGAGUUUGAGCACAGAUUCUGGUAUAGGCAGCCCGACCGACGUUACAGGGGGGGUGGGUCACGUGGACGAGGAUAUUGAUGAGAACAUAGCAGACGAUAAUCACGAUAAUCCUAGCGGCUCGUCGUUGAUACAUCGCACGUCCACCGUCCCCUCAAAUCAAUCAACUCAUUACCGCCCCUGCCCCAACCAGGGUGACCUCACAUCCUGUGUGACAGCAGACGACAAUUCCUGUGUGACAGCAGACGACAUAUCUUUUCCCACCAGACAAACCACGCCAAGCUCUAAAACAACAACACAAAACCAAGAUUUCAAGGGAGAGAAUCCGAAGACUCUAGGUAAUUUUCUCCCCUGUGAAAGAACAAGCGAUGUUAUCUCCCCUGGCUUGCCAGACGUCACCGUUCCAACCACACACCCGGACAACACCGGGGCUAGCCAAUCAGAUUCACUGACCAACUCUGGCAGUCUGGAGUCGAGAGACCCACUGACCAACUCUGGCAGUCUGGAGUCGAGAGACCCACAGACUAGCGAGGUGCUCACGGAGGUUCUGGCUCCUGGUGUGUGCGCUCUUUCAAGGUCAGAGGUCAGCCAGUCGUGGGGAGGAGGCCAACCCGUGGAUGGUGGAGUGGAUGUCACAAGUGUGGAUGGUGGAGUGGAUGUCACAAGUGUGGAUGGUGGAGUGAAUGUCACAAGUGUGGAUAUUGGAUGUCACCAUUCACUCACUGCUUGUCUGACAAGUGACACAAACCUUAAGCAAACUAUUGACGAAGUGACGUCAGUCGAAGCAGGGGAAGCAAGCCAAAAAGUUUCGGUAGUGACGUCGCCUGAAGUGAUAUUCCCCGAGUUCUUAACAUCAGACCACAUCCCACCCGAGAAACCGCUGAGGAAAAAACCCACAUUCAAAGAUGUGAGCCUGCGAGAGAUUAUCUCCCUUAGCGAGUCUCCUGACACUGGCAGGAAGAUUAAAGGAAUUCUUAAAAGUACGAGUGUCCCAAGCUUGCACCACGUGACUGACUUGCCUGCAUCACGUGACUGUCUGCAGGUCAGGAACGGUCUUCCCAAACCUGACCUGGCUUCCUGCAGGAGCGUGUCCUUCAACAAGCUACACACUAAGAAUACAUUCAGCUACUACAAUGCGGCUUUUGAAGGUGAAGUAAUCACAGAGCCCAGCAAACGACCAAGCCUCGCGGAUGUCGUCAGCCACAUGAUGAGACAGAGCACUAUCGUGGAGUUGGACGAAGACAACAGCCAUCCGUACGGCCGAGACAGCAGCCUGACAGACCUGAUCACGGGAAAACGCCGGGACAGCUACACCGUGGACGCCGGAAAAAUGAUUGUAUGGCUAGUGCUGGCAAUCAUGAUUGUCAGUCUAGCAGGGGGGAUCAUUUUCAUGUCAGAGACCUACAACAUGAACCAGAAAAAUGACGUCACUAUCGCCAGCAUCGAGACAACCACAUGGUCUAAGUCCUACAGCAGGUGACGUCAUCAGGCCAGCCUUGAUUGGAUGAAACCACUAGAACGUUACUCUCAUCACAAACUUACACCAAUUAGCAAACCUAGACCUAGUUCUGAAAGACUCGAUUCGUCCACACUACUGGGGCGUCUGUUUGAUCAAC